AUGACGACCUCCUUCCUGCCAAAGGACACCAGAGAGCUGCAGCACAUGAGCCAGAGACAACUGGACACUGAGAUGGACCAGCUGAUGGCGAACGAUCCGACGCAGAGUUACACCCACAAAGAACUCGCCAGGAUCACAGGGACCCUAGCUCACCUCCUCAUCGCCCAGGCACGGAUCAGCGAAAAGAACAACCACGACUUGGAGCAGGAAGCCGCAGUGCUGAGACUUCGAGUGGAGGAAGCCCUACAGCAUCAGGCCCACACCCAGAGUCGUCUAGAUAAGCUACUUCUCGAGAUCCAAGACCAGCAUGAGAAAGAGAAUACUACAGAUCCAGAGCUACAGAAAGAAGUGGAAAGACUUCAAAAUGCCCUGGAGAAUCUUCGUCUGGACACAGACCAAAGAGAACAUUUGGAGAGAGAAACCCGAGAGAGACUCGAGGCAAAGCUCCGACAAGGUGACGCUCUCCUUGAAAGGGCUGAAAUCGAACUGAAAGAAAGAGAUGCUAAAAUUAAGGCCUAUGAAAAUCACCUGGAAAUGGCCCGAGCCGAAAUCCACGACCUUACACAGCGCAAAGACUUGCUAAUAGAUGAACUUGACAUGGUUCACAGAGAACUGAAACAUUCUUAUAGUCUACAACGUGAACAGAAAGAGGAAACACACUCCACAGAGUUUCCCCUGGCCAGUGAACCCCAGCCUCUCAGCCAAGAACUUCGAGCUGAAAAAGGGGGUGAAAACCUGCUUUUCAAAAUGUCACCAGCCAGCCUCCACCAACCCCUGUCAGCAGUGGGGGAAGGAAAACCCUUCCAGAAAGUCCGGGUCACCAGCCACGGACACAUAACUCCAAAAGAACUGGACAAGCUGGCUAGAAACAUCCCUACGUUCAACCCAGAUCCUGCAGGAGGCCACGACAUUCACGCUUAUUUACAAGAUAUAGACUUUCACUUGCAAACUGUCACCAACGUGACCACUUGGGACAAAUUGUACCUGCUCAGAAUUACGUCCAGUCGUGAGGUACGCAGUUUCUUAGACCGUCAACCAGAGACUGUCAAAAUGGACUACCAGCAACUGCGAAAAGCUUUGGUGCGUGAAUUCUCUGAUCCAGAAUCAGACCAAGGGCUAGUAACCGCAAUGGACCUCAAGCAAGGUCGACUUGAAACCCCACCAAAUUUCUACAACCGACUGCGACGUGCCUACUUCGGAGCAAGGAAUGAACCAGGCAUGGAGGAAGACGUCAACUUCCGAACUUUGUUUCUGCGAAACCUCCAUCCUACUGUCAGCCACCAUUUGGGAGUGUUAGCGUGCCCGCGUAGCAUGUCAACGCAACAGUUACGUGAUUUAGCACAUAAGGCCUACACCAAACAAAAGACUGUGUCAGAAAAGACUGUAAAACACCCAACUAUUUGCUCUGUCUCUGAGUCCUAUUCAGAGUUGACCCUAGAGGGCGCCCAACAGCACCCCAGUUAUACACCCAGCAACCGUGAGUCAAGACCAUUCCAAGCCAGCAGAGGGCAGCGCGGUCGCGGUGGUGGUGCCCGUCCAAAGCACCAGAACGACCGCUCCGGAAUAUCCUGGGACCGGCCUCGCCCCUCCCAUAACCAAAAGGGGGGGGCCACCUGGGAAACCGGCCGGAGACCCAGAAAUAGCCAACCUCCAGCCUCCAGAACACCAAGCCCAGGGAGGCGGGAGGGGGAACACUCUCGACGUGAUGCUUGGAAACUCAAGGCUGAGCCCACAUCUAACAAGGAAAGUGCAGCCACAUCCGAAGCUGAAGAACUUCUGAGAAUACUGAGAGAGUUCCUUCAAAAGAAACCUCACAAGGAGGACAAGAAGGAUAAACCAGACACCGCAUGACUAAACCUUAUGCCUGAAACCAGCACCACUCCCGACGUCUUCACAACUGAAUCAAGCACACAGAACACUGUUUUUCAACCACGAACUAUUGAACUACCUGUUGCAUCAACAAACGAUAGCAACACCCACUUAGUCCAGCUGACGUCUGCACCUCCUGACCCAGAAAGCAUCAUCCCACACACUGAGGUGCCAGAAAGUGCUGUUUUGGUUAUCUGUACCCACAACGAAACACACAAAACAUACCCUAACUGCUUAUCGAUCGAAACACAA